GCCCGGCGGGAGCGCGGAGGGACGGGGAGCGGCCCCGGAGGAUGGGGCGUGCGGCGGCUGGCACCGGGCUGGGAAUCGUGUCCCUCUGGGGCAGCCUCCUGCUCACUGCCGGCCUUGCCCUCUACCCAGCAUCGCCAAUCUGCAACUGCUCAGAGCCCAUGGACUUCCAAGCUUUCCGGGAGGCUCCACUCCCUGAGAGCUGCUGCCUCAACUUCACCAGCUCCAACAUCACCCACCUCGACUGGGGUGCACUGGUGGGGGUGCGGGGGCUGCGGGAGCUCUACCUCUCGCACUGUGGUAUCACAGCUAUCAGCAACGCACAGGGAGUCCCCCCUGCCUUGGAGAUCUUGCACUUAAGUCACAACCUGCUGGAAAGUCUCCCUGGAAGCUUUCUGGAAAAUGCCCCUAAUUUGAGGGUUCUUUAUCUGGACAGCAACCAGCUCCAGGAUCUACCCAGGUCCUUCCUGAAAGCAUCAUCCCAGGUCCAGGAGAUCUACCUGGGCUUCAAUGCCCUGACCUUCCUUCCUGCCAGCCUCCUGAAGCCGACUCUGCUCCAGCUUCAGCUCUCCAACAACAGCUGGGACUGCAGCUGUGCUUUGCUCACCAACUUGGCGGGUUGGCCCAGCCUGGCUGCUGAUGUUAUCUGCCACACGCCGGAACGGUACCACGGCGUGGACCUCCAGAGCAUCCCCCAGGAUGAGCUGUGCCGCUCACACGGCCUCACUGCUCUUUUCAUCUGCCUGCCCCCUCUCCUCAUCCUCGCCAGCGUCACUUGGUGCUUCUACAGGCAGAAGAAAAAGACCAACUACAACCUUCAGAACAGGUCCCAGAGCCACCGGGCCACAGCAGAGAGGGGCAAUGUGCCGGUGUCUGCAGAGCCCCACCACUACAACCCCUACGAGCUGCCUGCUGCUCCCGCUGAGACUGAGAAAAAGGUGCUACUGGGGAGACAGGUCCUGCUCCAACCCUUUGCAGAACCACUGGAGAGUGGGAGAGACCUCUAUGAGGAGGUGGAGAUUCAGGUGGGAUCCCCCAGCAGUUCCCAGGUGUCAGCCUAUGAAGGGCAGCUGGGCACCUCGGCACCAAGGGCAGAGGAGCUGGGGGGCAGCGAGCCAGAGGUGGACGCUGUCAGUGUGAGCGAAGUCCUGAAGGACUCUGCCGACCGGGAGAAGAUCUACAUGAGUCAGUCAACCAACUAUUACAACCUGGUACCUGGCAUUGAGUUGGAGGACUCGGACAACCUGGAGUAUGAGAUCAUUGACCUGCACUGAUGCCAGGACUCGGGCUGUGUCUGGGACACACCAGCAGGGAAGAUGGGAAGC